AUGGAGAGCAACCCUAUACAAACUGAAACUGCUGCUCUUACAAGCCUCAUACACAAUAUCAUUCCCACAACUUCAAGUCCUGAUGACAGUUAUGAUGAUUAUUUCUCCCGGCUUACUGAUGAUGAAUACUUUGGCAGUUUGCCUCCGGGUUUUCGAUUUGUGCCGAGUGAGGAUGAGCUUAUUCAUGAAUACUUGAACAAAAAGAUUAGGAAUGAGAUGCUGCCUCGAAACAAGAUUAACGUCCUUAACCUAUACGAGUUCAACCCGGACCAACUUGCUAGUGAGAUGACUUAUUUAGUUAAUUUGUAUACAUUUGUUUUGUUACUUGUUGCACGGAGAGGAAAGAAUUUGUAGGGUUUUAAAAAUGGAACUUUUCUUUGUAAAUGUUGAUUUCCUCGUGUUAUUUGGUUUGCAGC